AUGCAUGCGUUUAACGCUUGUGCAUUGGCUUCGAUGGCAAAUCGCCUUACCUCGGACAGCAUCGAUUUGCGCGACAGAGCACUGUCUGAGUAUACGAAGGCAUUGGCGACAACCCAUGCCGCCAUCAAAGACGCCGAGAUGUCUAAGUCAGACUCGACGCUGGCCGCAGUAUUGCUUCUGGGUCUUUUCGAGAACAUGACGGCAAAACAACUUGGCGUGUUUGCUUGGGGCUCACAUAUCGAAGGUGCCAUUCAGCUCGUCAAAGCCCGAGGUCGAAAGCAACUUCGAACCAAGCUUGGACUUCAUCUCUUUGUCGCUGUCCGGACACAGAUGAUCAUCCACACUCUGAGCUCGGCCAAGGCUCCCAUUAUGGGUGUCGAUUGGUGGCUCGCCGACGCUGUCAAGGAUGAGGCUGCAGCACAGUCCCAACGGCUCAACAUCAAAGCCAGCGAGCUGCGUGCUGAGGUGACACGACUCAUGUCGACCGUGGCCCGAACUCCCGAGAAUAUCGAUUUUAUGCUUGAUAUCAUCCGCCGCGCUCAAACAGUUGAUCAGGAGUGCGUCAACUGGGCGAAGAACCUACCCGAAGGCUGGCAAUUCAAGACUAUUACUUGGGAGGAUAAUGUCCCGGGCGGAGAUUAUAGCAAGGCUGAAGUUUACCCUGGACGGGUUGACGUGUAUCCCGACUUCUACAUGGCCAGCGUCUGGAACAUGACCCGCGUGUGCCGACUGGUCCUGGCUUCUGUCAUUGUACGAUGCGCCGCAUGGGUCUGCUCGCCUGUCGACUACCGCACGACUCCCGAGUAUGCAACGGCGGCCCGUACAUGUGUCGAUACAAUCACCGACAUCAUCGCGUCCGUACCAUACCAUCUUGGUUGGCAUCUCAAGCGGCAGCAUCUCCUGCAAGAUCAGUUGACCGGCUUUGCGUGCGGAGAUGAUGAUAGUCUCAAGGGUCUUGCGGGAUAUUUCCUGACCUGGCCACUCACAAACGUCAAUAGCCAGGACUUCACAACUGACUCCCAGCGUGCGUGGGUCCGUGGGCGUCUGAACUAUAUUGCCACUGAGGUCGGCGUCAAAUAUGCGCAUAUUCUUGCACAGCUUGAGAUCCGCAUACCGUCGAUGCUCAUUCGUCGUGACGCUCUCAUGCCUCAGCCGUACCCAGCGGGCCAAAAUUUCGAGAAAUUGGUCUCGGCACGGUACGCUCCUCCCACCACGGGAUACUCCAUGAACCCCCUCCAGCAGCGAGAAGCCAUGCAAAAGGAGGAGUUCGAGAAACAGAAGAAGGAACUGCUCCAGCAGGCCAAAGGGAAGACUGGCUCAUGGGGCGAGGGUGUAGCAUCACGUAUGCUACGGGUGUAA